GUGUUACCGAAUUAAUGUAGCGUGUGCCGUGUUUAGUAUGAAACUCGAAAGUGUUCAUUUCACAGCAGCAUCAAUGACGGUCUUGGUUUUGCAUGGUGUUUACGUGCCUGGCGCUCAGCGUGUUCUCUACAAUAGAAAAGUACGAGAAGCAAGCGAGCAUAAUACUUUUCUACAUGGAGAUUGUAGUUGUCGUGUGGUUCACCAUAGAGUUUAUCCUGAGGCUCUGGUCGUCAGGAUGUAGAUCGAGGUAUCAAGGGGCCAUUGGCCGAUUUAAGUUCCUGAGGAGGCCUUUCUGUAUUAUAGAUGUGAGCACCAUAUUUGCCUCUCUCGUGGUGCUAAGUAUGGGCUCCAGCGGUCAGGUGUUCGCAGCCUCAGCCCUCCGUGGACUUCGCUUCUUCCAGAUCCUGCGCAUGGUCCGCAUGGAUCGCCGAGGCGGCACCUGGAAGUUGCUGGGUUCUGUCGUGUACGCUCACAGACAGGAGCUCAUCACAACACUUUACAUCGGAUUCCUGGGCCUAAUCUUCGCUUCAUUCCUUGUAUAUCUAGCAGAGAAGGACACUAAUGAAAAAUUUUCCAACUUUGCUGAUGCCCUCUGGUGGGGAGUGAUAACGCUUUGCACAGUGGGUUAUGGUGAUGCUGUGCCUGAAACAUGGCAGGGAAAAGUGAUCGCCUCCUUCUGCGCACUGCUUGGUAUAUCGUUUUUUGCUCUCCCAGCGGGCAUCCUAGGCUCAGGUUUUGCUCUCAAAGUGCAGCAACAACAAAGACAGAAACACAUGAUAAGAAGACGGCAGCCAGCAGCCACCCUGAUCCAGAGCUUGUGGCGCUGCUAUGCAGCUGACGAGCACUCCAUGUCCAUCGCAACAUGGAAGAUACACCAGGUGCCCUUACCUAGCCCACCCUCAACCAAAGCGGAUGAUACAAGUAAGGCAUCCGAGAAGAUUCAUCACACAUCAUCCCUCAUCUUCAAACACAACGCGUCAUUCGUGUCCCGGUUGCCCACUAUCCGACGCCACAAGAGCACGUCACUACACUCACCCUCACUUGCUAAGGGUGCAGGCAGUGGGUCAGCGGGAGGUGGCAGUGGAAGUGGUGGGGGUCCAAGGGGCUUUGCAGAACUCAACGCAUCAGCCGAGAACUUAGGUGGCGCUAACAGUCACAGACCUCUGAACGCGAGUCAUAGUGAAGACUCGGUCACUGAGACAGCGCUCUCCAAGAAAAACUCGGAUGCUGGCCUGCUAGCGAACAGCAACAGUGCAACCACGGGGGGCAGCACUAGCGAUUUACAUGCAGGACCAGCGCCUUCUCGACGCGGAUCUACCAACGCCACCUUGAUACGCAUGGGAGAAGCCACAGCUCUCCCUCUAGUCCUGUGUGGUCUGCUCCAGCACGAGUUCGGAAGCCCCUUCUCUCCCAUGCCUUCCCGAAGGAGCAGCCAUGCCCCCCCAACGGCAUCGUCGCCCCUACUUCUAGAACAGAAUGAAGACGAAGAACCGCGGUGCGUGCAGCUCACAAAUCAACAUAAGGGUGCCAUCAGAGCGAUACGGAAGAUGAAGUACUUUGUAGCUCGACGCAAGUUCAAGGAGGCACUGAAGCCAUACGAUGUAAAGGAUGUGAUUGAGCAGUAUUCAGCGGGGCAUGUUGACUUGCUUGGCCGGGUUAAGAACGUGCAACAGAGGUUGGACCAGAUACUUGGCAAGCAAGGAUCCAAAGCAAAAGAUGUUUAUGCCUCCAAAAUUAGUUUAGCUUCAAGAGUGGUCAAAGUUGAAAGACAGGUGGAUGACAUCGAAGUGAAACUUGACCAGUUUAUUGAACUUUAUAUGGAAGACAGAAAGCGUCUUUUAACUCUACCACUCCACCACUUAGCAGAUUCACCCCUCAUUUUAACGGGUGGUGCAGCUCCAGUAGUUACUACUGCAGGGGCAACACCCUGUCCCAAUACUUCCCUCCACAACCCUCACAUUACAGUAUCAACCUCACAAUCUUCCACUGUUCCCCCUGUAGUCUCAGCAGCGGUCUUAAGGCCAAAGCCUAUCCUGGUAGAUAAGCAGUCCUCAGAGCCCAAUACACCCAUAUCCAAGAGCUUCGCAGAACCUCAGCCACACAGGCCUAUGCACCGAGGGUACUCAGACCUUGGGCACAGGAUUAAAAAGAGAGUCACACUCAGCUCGAUUCCCUCCCAGUAUGUAUCACCACUGUCAUCAGAAGAUGGGGUCUCACAUCCUUACCAGCAUGAAGGAGAGGUGGUAAUCAUUGUACCACCUCUCAAUGCAUCUUUGGAUGAUGAUCAGGAGCAAAGUAGUCCAAAGACCACAGAGAGCACAAUUGCAAUAUCAUCAUCACCACCACUGGCACUACCUUAUGAGGAAACAUUAGACUCAUGGGAAGGUUGUGAUGACUCUCUAGCAAAUGAGGACACUGCAUUACUUCGUACGACUGCAGCUGCAACAGAGAUCAUCAUCACCCCUAUGAGCCCUGCUGCAUCCUCUGUGGACCUGUCACAUAUUGACAGUCAGGAUGAUGAGGAAUGUGGCCUGGACUGUUCAACCACUGUGGACGUUAAAAAAAUGGACCUUCUGAAGCCUGAUGUGAUUUCUAAUCUAAAUGAAGAUGUCUGAGAGUCAUACAAGGUGACUGUAAGAGUAGGGUGUUGAAUGCAUCAGUGAAGUGAGUCUGUUUGUAGAAGUGGUGCUGUUGAUGAUAUGGCACAAGUGAUUAUGUGUGAUGGUGCAUCAUCAGUGAUAUAUGACUUUAAUCAUCAUAAUUUAGUUGGGGGGAUUAUGCAAAACAUCUUUUGAGUGUCCAAAAUAAUGCAUAUUAUACUUUGAAUGCUGCAAUUGCAAUGAUUUUAAUACAUUUUGCACUGUACCUUUAAUAUUUGCUUAGAAACAAAAUAUAGGAGGUACAGUACAAGUACAUUAAAUAAUUGUUUAUAGAAAUGUAUGAUUUACUGAUAUGAAAUGGCUCAUAUGCCAGCUGGUUUAAAUAUUGGUGGUAAGAGGUGGGGCUAUACACACAAAUUUGUACGUUGGUCCCAUAAACCAAAGUUUUCCUGUGGGAAUAAGGAAAGUAGGCUAACAAAACUAAAGCUAAAUAAUGUUCUGUUUUGUGUGUGUGCUAGAAAUGUAGACAUAUCUUCUUUAAUGUUUUGAAAGGAUUAGGUAUUAUUUAAUUGUUAUUUUAUGGGCUAUUAUAUAGGUCUAUAAAUUGUUGUGUUAAAAUUUACAGCUGAAAUAAUUAAUGGAUAUAAAUAAAAGAAAAACAAUGGAAAUAUCUUACAGGCAAGUAUCGUUUUGAGUAUGUCAUUAUUCUUAGCUGUAAAAUAUAACAGAAAACAUCACCGUUGUAAAUUUGUAUGGCUUCGCUCUGAUCCAAAGCAUCCACAACGUUUGAAAUCAAUUUCCACAUCUGAAAGUGUGUGUGUGUGUGUGUUUACACACAUUCAUACACAUAUGUAAAUAUUGAUCAUCCUUAAAAAUUACUUUCUACACAAUCUGUUUAUAACUGUUGCAGAAUUAAAUAUCUUUGUUUGGUUACAUAAAUUUACAUUUGCCAAAGAGCCUUCAAAGUACAAGUAUUAUUAGGACACUCAAAUGAAUCUACCUACAUACUGUCAAAGUAAUUAAAUGGAAGCCAGUUUAUUUUUAAAAGCUUGAACCCCUGGCAUCAUCAUACAAUUUUUAAUUUAUCCUUCAGUUAACGAAAACAAAUUUAACAUAUUCACUGCCAACUUAACGAAGUACAUGACUGACCCUAAUAACUGGUGUAUUUUUUAUGGUUUUGUGUGAUAUAAUGCACCUGAUAUUAUCUGUGCUAUUAUAUUUUAGUUUUUUGCAAAGGAACCUUGUGUGAAUGUGCAUAAGUGUUACUGGUAAGGCUGGGGCCACACGACCGUACAAAUACGUCCGUUGUAACUCACGUCGUGACAUCCGUCAUAGAAUUAUGAAGGGGCAUAUAGGGUACAACACACGUGUCGUACGCGCGUACUUUGUAUGGUCGUGUGGCCCCAGCCUAAAUGGUGGUUCAUACUUCAUGCUGGUCAGAACACAUGCAGAGGGCAUUAAUUUGAUAGUUAAAAUACUAGAAAGUACAUUAAAAAUACAAAAUUAGUUUUCACUACAGGCAAACAACAAGCUCAGCCCAAGUAAAGUACUCAUAUGUUGUUGAAGUUGCCAUGUCCUUCCUUACAAUAACAAUUGAAAUUUUAUUACAACAUUUAGUAACUAUGGGAACAUUGUUUUCAUUGAUGAAACUAACUAAAACAUGGUUCCAAGGAAAGAACUGGAUUUUCACAUAAUUUUCAUAGCAUACUUUGCAGUGUUUCUUUAGUGUCUUUCCCCUUUUCAUUUGGUUUGCAUGUAGUUGACAUACGCUUUGUGGCCAUAGGUGUGUUAGGUCUUAUUGUUUGAGUAUGAAAAGAAGACAACUGGUACCAGAUACCACAAGGUCUGAACAUUAUCAUAUGGAAUGACAGUCUCUAUUCUUUAUAUUUCUGAAUUGUUUUUCUCUCAUGAGAUAAAUAUCAAAGAAUCAGAUCUUGCCAGUCAACACCUGAUAUAUAUUUGUUGUAUCACUUGUGGCUUUUUCAUUGUUUGGCCCCUUUGUUAUCUAUGCCAAUCACAGUAUAUUUAAAUUAAUCAAAAACAUAGUCCUCUCCACAGAACCAUUGAUUUAUCAAUUGAAAGGUUCUUCUUGAGUAAGUAUACAUUGUUAGUAAUAUUUUCAAACAGUUAAAUUGCUAAACUCACUGUUAGUAUUGCCUCACAUUGUUUCUAAUAGAUCUAAAUUUACAUAAUUCUUAUAUUUUUUACUGCAAUACACUAUUGUACUUUAGUAAUGAAAAACCCAAAGUUGUAAUACAGAAAUCAUCACUUUUAUCUUCCAUUACUUUUAGACCUUGACAAGCAUGGAGGUAGAAACGAAAUUUAUGAAAAUGUAACUUAAACUUUAGUGUGAGUGGCAUUAUAGUGAGAAGAACCCAAAUCAUGAUGCCAACCCAAUCAGACAGGCAAGCCACUGACACCACCAGAUAUGCUUGUUAGUCAUUCGUGCCUAGAGUGGGUGCGACUUGUGUGUCAGGUGGCAGUGAAUGUGUUAAGAUGUUUAAUUAUAACAGAAUCCUGAUUACUUCUUGACUUUAAAUAGAAUCCUGAUUACCCAAGCUGAAGUUUUCUUUAUAAAUUCAAGUUGGUUUAAAAUGUGCAGAUAUUACUGUUAAAACUAACUGUCCAUUAGAUCAAAUUAUGGCCCUAAGAAUUUUGUUUUCACCCACAUUGAACUUGAUAUUGAAGCUAAGUAUUGCAAUAUUAUGUUUGUCAACUUUCAGUGGCUCUGAAGUAUAAUGCACAAAAUUAUAGAAAUUAUUAUGAUAAUUAUGCCUUAUAAAAAUGUUCUUUCAUUCUGAAAUAAGAUAUGCCAUAUAUGAGUCCAAGAAUUAUAAACUUAUUUAUGUUUAUACAUUAAUUUCUAGCAAGUUGUGUAUAGUAGAUACUGUAUACAGGAAAAUAAAUUUUAGUGGGUUCAUAAACAUUUUAAAACAAAAUCAAAAACAAGAGUUUUCAAUAAUAGGGAAGUUAUGAUCCAAGAUUGUUUUGAAUUCUGUUAAGUGUUCAAAUAUUAUUUUGUUCAGAUCAGCUGGUUAAAUUUGUAUCAAUAUGUUACUUUCGCUGGAGUGUGUCUACAGUUCGGGUUUUGGAGGAGGAAUUAUCAGAUCUAGAUGUUGAUCAUAUGUCCUGUCAUACCAUGUAGCUUACAUUUAUUUUAUUUAUAUUAUCUAUUAUGUAUAAUUUAUAAAAUUACAAAGGGAGUAUUUUUAGAGUAAAGUGUAUUGAACUCCAAUUGAACAAAAAAUGUGCCUUCCAUUUAAUGAAAUUCAGUGAAGUCAAAAUAUAAGAACUCAGGCUAUCAUAGUGGGUAAAUUUAUUGUAUAUUUCUGUGGCUAGGAUACUGCUGUAGCAUGCUUCUUACAGUUUAUUGAGUGUCUUACUUGAUAUUACUAGUAGAAGUAUUUAGAAUUAAAUUCACUCUUUCUUUUGUAUCAUGUCCUGUCUAACUAAAAUAACUGUAACAGUUUAAAUCUGUAGAGUGGCACAGAAGAAGAGCGGCUGAUGUUUUGAUAUAAUGAUAUUAUAUUUCACUGAUUAAGCCAAAGUAUACAAAUUAUUAUAUCAGGAUUUGCUGUUAAUUUAAACAGUAGUUAUCUGUAUUAUUUUUUAAUUCUGGAGGGAUGUAUUUAUAAUUGGAACUUCAAUUGUAUUAAAUCGGGCUUCUGCAUUGAGUAAUCAGGGUUCUUGAAGUAUUUGAUUUUUAAUUUUUGUUUAUUAGGUUUGGUCUCUACUAGUUUUAAAUAUUGAAGUGAUGACUUCAGUUUAGUGCAAAUCAGAAUUUAAGUAGUGGAUAAUAACAUUAUUUAGAAUUAAGUCUGUUGACUAUAAUCGACAGAAAUUGGUUAACAAGUUGAAAAAGUUUUAUCUUACAACUGUCUGCUCUUAAGUCCUUCCUGAGGUGUAAGAGUUUGGUAAACAUUUGAUACUGGUGAAGAAACAUUGAAGUUAGCAUGAGUAAAGACAAGAAAGAGUAAGCUAUCAAAAGACUUCCAGUUUUUAUUCCAACUAUAUGAUAUAUUUAUGGUAUAUAUGGAUUUACUUAGAAAGAUGAAGUUUUGACCAUUUGUUGGGAGAGGUGCCCCAAAUAUUUAUAUAGAUGUUGGAGAUGGUAAAAUUGAAACAGUAACUAAAGAAGGAAGAACAAAGCUUGUUUUUUUGGAUGUCUCACUUCACUGCAUACUGUAUACUUGUUUAUUGAUUUAUAUAAUGGGGUCACGUUUUUGGGAAUGAACUUGAACUAUUUUAUGGAUCCUGUUUACUCAAUAACACCAACUUCAUAAAGCAUAGUCCUUCUUGAGAAGAUAAUAGUCACUCAGCUAUUCAAUAAAUUCCCCACCUUUUAUAAAACCCAAAGGUUUGUUACUCUGUUGACAAUAACCUAUCCAAGAUCCUACAUAACAUUUUGUAUGGUGAAGAGUUGUUAGCCCCCACAUCUACCCAUACAACAGAUUUGAGGACCACCCUUUUUUAAUUUAUUUCUGCCGCUGCAACUGCAUCUGUUAACCUCCAUAUCUGGAGUCUGUCUCCUCCAUCUACAACUUGAGGACAUGCCGUACUGUAACUAAGUAACCCAUGAAGAAAUUCUAAGAAUACAUUCAUAGGCUAUACAUUAUCCACUCAAUGAUUUGUACAGGAAGCAUGAGACAUGUGUGACAGCUAAUUUGUGAUAUACCUUGCUUGCGUAAACUUAGAAAUGAUAAAACAUUGGUUACAUACUUACAAAUAAGUUUCUGUGAAUACUAAUCCUUAUAUUUAAUUAAACUCUGGUAAGAUAAUGAUUACUUUCUCAAGCUGUGAUUAUGAGUCUUGCCAAACCCUGUGAUUCAGUGAGGAAUGAGGAAGUACAUCUAAAUAGCUAUAAACUUCAUCUCAAAAUAUCUAUGUAAACUAAAUAUAGUGACAAAAGAAUAUUCUUAAAUGUAUUUAGUGUAAUUAAAGUAAUUUUAAAUGGUGGGAAGCACAAAUUUUAAAAUUAAUAUGACACUGCAACUUUCAAAAUAAAAAUCUGGUAGUUGCUUUAAAUGUGCUGUUUAGAAGUUUGUGUAUUGGGAGGGGUCCCAAUUAAAAUAACAUUUAGGAUGGACAUGACUGCUCAUUCAAAUAUGACAAAAAAUAAAUAAAUGAAUGUGUAUAACAUUUUGUUGUUAGGAAGUCUGAAGUGAAUAGACAUCUUUGGAGACCUAGGCAGAGAUGGGAUGGAUAUUAAGAAAAGAAUUGAAGAUAUGAACUGGGUUCAUGUAGCUCAGGACAGAGCCCGGUGGCAAGCAUUUGUGAAUAUGGUAAUGUACCUUUGGAUUUCAUAAGGAGUGAGGAAUUUCUGGAUUUACAGAACAACUAUUAGUCUCUCAAAAAGGACUCUGCUCUAUGGAAUAUUUUAGUAUGAUAAAACAGUUAAAAAGUGAAAGCUUCCUAUUUCUAUGAAAAGCCUCUCUCGUAAACAGCUUUUUAUCAUGAAGAAAUUACUAUAUAAUAUUUUUCUCUCAGCUUUCCUACCUUUGUUUUUGACCACUAGCUCUUUCAGCCUCUCUUUCUGAACUAUCCUCUCUAAUGUAAAUCAUCUUAUUUAUCCCAUUUUAUGGCACCAAAAUCUAGUUGUAUGGUAAGUUUGCUUAUAGAAUGCUUCAUGAUUAUACAAGCUUAAAUGAGGAUGUCUUCAAAUAAAAUAUUGCAAACAUGCACUGAGCCUUAAGAGCAAGAAUACCAUCUUCUGUUGCAUAUCUUAUUAAUCGUUUUACUAUGGGUUCAUUUGUUACACUGAGUACAUUGAAGACUGAUUUAUAUGAAGCAUGGUCAAAACUUCAUUUUGCUUAUCCUCAAAGAAUAGUUCUCAUGACAAGUGUUUUAACAAUAAUGAUUUUCAAGAUUGUAUGUUUCAUGUUUAUUUCCAUUAACAAUGGAAACAACUUUAACAAUUUUAUAAGGAUCUCUCCAGGUUAAACAGACAACUGUAAUUGUUAAACUUUUGCCUGUGUUUUAUCCUAUUGUUGAUGUUGUUAAGAGACUGUUGAUAUUGUUUAUUUCAGUUGCUAUAAGUAUAAAAGUGUUAAGGUUGAGAUGUAUAGAAACUUGAUGAGAUUAAGGAUGGAACUGAUAAAAGUGAUUUUUAAAUAAUUCAUAUUUUCAUCAUAAAAGUUAAAUUAAUUAAGGUGAUAUUAAAAUAGUUGUUUCAUUAUAUUUAAAAGUAACACAACAAUGCAAUUUCAUUAAUUUACUUUCAAAACAAUUUAUUUACUUCUGUAAUGUCCAGCAUCAAUAUUUUGAACACAAAUUUUUAUUUCCAUUUAUGGAAAUAGGGCCUACUAUAAUUUAGACUAGAAUUCUUUAAAUAAACAAAACCAAAUAAUUACAAAAAGUCACAGCUUUAUAGACAUUUUUGCCACAUAGAAAGUUUAAGGAUCAAAUAGAGGGCACAAGAUGACGCUUACAAUAAUAUGAAUACUUCUUUAUAUACAUAGAAAAUAUAUCAAAAUGCUGAAUAGCACUGCAAGGUCAUUUAAUGCUCAUAUAUUCUCGAAUUUAAAACUUGAACCAAUGAGAAAAUAAACAAUGAAUUUUCAUAAAAUAGAUAUUAAUAUAUUUAAAAAGUCACCUCAUAUUAUGAAUAGUUAUUAUUACUGCACAUGCUUUAUGGCAGUUGCAGAUUUCACAUCAGCUUGAUUCUUAAUUUUGCUAUGAGGAGAAAGUGCAUGCAUGUUAAUAUGAAAUGAACUUUAUACAAAAUAGUAGAAAAUAAAUUCACACCAAAUGUACUAUAAAAUAUAUUUUUCACACUCUAUAUAACAUUUUAAAAAUGGGUGAGAUACAUUUAAUUUAGACAGAAAUCUUUAUCAAUCAAAAUUAGAUAUCUGCACUCAGACAUAAAGGCACACAUUUGAGUACAGUAAUGAGAAACUAGAAUACUGUUACAAAAACAACAACAACAACAACAAUAAUAAUAAUGAUAAUAUCAAAAUUUCAUGGCAGUUGUUCUGUAUAUUGACCAGCACUUGUAUUAGCCAGAAGCAGAUUGUAACUGAAAUAUGUAUGACCAUUAUUUUCUAUAUGAAAUAAGACUUUUAAAUACUUGAGAAUAUGUGAUCUGCAUUUUAGAAAUCUUUUUACAUCUUUGAUGUGUUUGCAGCUGGUGAGUAGUUAAAAUAUUUUGGUUCUCUUUGUCCUUGAAACAUUAAGUGUAUCAAUCCUGCAUUCAUUGCAAGACAUUGGUUUAAAACAGAGUCUGGAUUUUACAAUAUAAAGAAAAGAAUCAGCAAGAGACUUCUCCAUUGACACAAUUAACCUUUAUCGACAUGUGUCACUUCUCACAUGUAAUUCAGCACACCAUUAAACUGUUAAACAAAAUAGUUGAGUCCAGCCAGCAGCCCCUUAUCUCAGGGGCUUUUAAUUCCUAAAUCAUGUAUGAUAAAGGUUAAUAAGAAACUGAAAAAGACAAGUGAUAUAUUCAUUCA